GGCACACCGGGCAGGACUCCGGGCAGCGGCACACCGGGCAGGGGCACAUCGGGCAGAGGCACAUCGGGCAGAGGCACAUCGGGCUGGACUCCGGGCAGAGGCACAUCGGGCUGGACUCCGGGCAGAGGCACAUCGGGCUGGACUCCGGGCAGAGGCACAUCGGGCUGGACUCCGGGCAGAGGCACAUCGGAUUACCAGGCGAAGCAGCAGGCAGCGGGCCACCAGGCGGAGCCGCAGGCAACGGGCACCAGGCGGAGCGGCAGGCAUCGGGCCCCCAGGAGGGGCGGCAGGCAUCGGGCCCCCAGGAGGGGCGACAGGCAUCGGGCCCCCAGGCGGGGCGACAGGCAUCGGGCCCCCAGGCGGAGCGGCGGGCAUGACAGUGGGCUCCGAGUCAACUGGCAUGACCGCUGGCACUGGGUCAGACAUUGGAUCGUCUGGCUGGACAGCGGGCAUCGGGUCACCAGGCAUCAGGUCAUUUGGCUCGACAGCGGGCACCACGUCAUCUGGCAAGGCAGUGGGCUCCGAGUCAACUGGUAUGACCGCGGGCACUGGGUCAGACAUUGGAUCGUCUGGCUGGACAGCGGGCAU